AUGACUGAGUUUCAAGAUUUGCCAUACGAGCUAGUUGAGACUAUUGCUAGUUAUCUUGAUAAUUAUACAUUAUCUAAACUUCAAGAUUAUCCCAAAAUCGGUGACAUUGUUUUAAGAACCUUGUAUUCGACUGUCACCAUUGAAGAUUCUGAUUAUUCACUGAUUGCAUUAGAUCCACUUUAUGAAAUACAUAAAUCUUCAAUUAAUUCACCAUCAGCAUAUUUAGAUUUACUUAAAUCCAAACCAUCUAUUAUUGUGAAAAAUUUGAUCAUCAGAAACCCAUUCGAUGUAUUUGAAUUGAUUGAUAAAUGUCCAGAAUGUUUGAAAGGCGUGAAAAUACAACUCAUUUUUGACCAAUUAAAAAUGUAUAAAUCCAAUACGGCUCAGUUUCUUAAAAAAUACAAGAAUAAUCCAUUUUCAUUUGAUUCUAUAGAGGUUGGAUUUCCCAUAUUUACAGAUGAUCCUUUACCAUGGUUUGAGGUAUCUCAAAAUGUCACCAGUCUUCAUGCUUUUAAUGAUCGUUUGGAAAGAAACAUAUCGGAAACAUUUCCUUCUUUGACUUCUUUAAGAUUAGAUAGGAUUAUUAAACCACAAGAUCUUAGGUUUCUACCUCAACAGUUGAUAAAUUUCCAUUGUAACUUAGAACCUAUUGAAAUGCAUACAACGGAAUUGGAACUCCCAGACACAUUGCAAACAUUGUUCCUUAACCUUUCAGUUGAAGAUGAAAAUGCUGAGAAGAAGUAUGUUUUGGAUAUAUCUGAAACAUACAAUUUAAAAACUCUAGAGUUAUAUUCUCAUUAUUGUUUAUCCCGUGUUGUAUUUAAUCUCCCUGGAAGUAUCAUCAAUAUUCAAGUUGAACAAGUGAAUAUGAUGUUUGUGAAAAAUUUAGCUUCAAUGUGUCCCAAAUUAACCACUUUACAAUUCAAAGGAAGAUUAACUCGAAAACCUCAUUAUUAUGACCCUCUUUGGUCAUUUCCUAAAUCAUUACGUCAUUUGAUUCUACCUUCUACUUACUUAAGAAAUUCAUGGUUGGUGAAAAAACAGACAUUUCCAAGUGAAUUAACAGAGUUAGGAAUACGAGGAGAACGGAAUAGCUAUGAAAUAUUCUGGAUUGAUUUCGAAACUACUAAAUUUGAUAAACUUAGUAUUCUACAUAUCAGUGAAGUACCCCUGUUAAAUAUAAUAGGAUCAAUUCCUCAAACUAUAACAAAAUUAACUUUGAAUAAAGUGCCAACUAACAUUUUACAAUAUUUGAAAGAUUUAGUAAAUCUUAGUGAACUUCAUAUUAGCGGUGAACAAUAUACCAAUGAAUUUAUAUAUACUCUUCCUGACUCAUUGACAGAAUUAACAAUGUUGUUUUGCUCCCUUUUGAGGGUUAUUAUUUGGAAUCCACUCAAGCUUGUAAGAGUAAAGCUAUGUGGAAACAAUUUUAAAAUACUAGGUUAUAAUGUAAUGUUACCAAAUGGUAUUGAGACAUUAUAUUUAUCUCAUAAUAAAAUCUCAGAGAUAUCACCAGGUUUUAAAUUCCCCAAAAGAUUACAAUUCCUUGACUUGUCAUAUAAUAAGUUGACUGAAGUUGUGCAAUUUCCAGAUAACUUAAAACAAUUAGUUCUAGAUAAAAAUUUAUUGGGAAAGAGUAAUAGUAUAUCUACUAUUCCGACACAAUUAGAGUUUCUUAGUUUGGGGUGUAAUCAGAUUUCACCAACUUGGAUUGAUAAACUGUGCUUAACAGAUUGUAUCAAGUUGAAAUAUUUAAAUUUGAAUGAAAAUCCAUUGGGUUUCUUAGACUUGAAGAAUUUUCCUAGAUCAUUAGAAGAAUUAGCAUUGAGUCGUUGUCAAAUAUCAUCCAUUGAUGGUUCAUUUGCAAAGUUUGAAAAUCUUAGAGAAUUAGAUCUUUCGUAUAAUAAGUUUGAUGAUUUUAUUAGUAACUUGCAUGAAUACCAAGGAAAACUAUUCAGUGAUGCUAUUCUAAUAGUUGAUGUGAAAGGUAAUCAAUUAGCUGCUAAAGAUGCUAAAGUACUAUUCGAUGAAUUGACUAUCAAGCCUAAUUUUCAACGAUUAUACAUAGAGGAAAACAUAUUAUCGGAAUCCAUGGAUACGUCUUUGUUGAAACCAAGAAAAAUUCGAAAGUUGAACAGGUAA